CGGCAGGAGCCGUAAGGCCGGGCAGCCACGUGACCUCUCCGGGCUUCGGCCCCGCCCCAGCCCCCCGCGGACAAAGGGGGCGGAGCUAGAGGUCUGCUGUUCCCAUGGCGAUCGCUGCUAGCGUCUCUCCCCUCUCUCCCCCCGCCCCCACCAUACGGUGGGCGCCGAGAGACAGAAAAGGCCGGGGCGGCUGGGCGAUGAACCGCGCUUCUGUUCCGGGAUGGAGGGGCCGGGGCAGCCUGAGCCUGAAGAAGUAGGAAUGACUGAAGCGCAGGAGCCUGUUGAAUCACCAGCAGCAGUGAUUGAGUCACCUGGGGACCAGUCACCUAUAGUCGAAUUGCCGACAUCAGUGGACCAGUCACCUACAGAUGAAUUGCCAGGGUCUGUGGCCAAAUCUUCUGUGGCUGAAUUGCCAACAACUGUGAUCAAACCACCUGUGGCUGAACCAGCAGAGACUGUAGUGAAAGCACCUGUGGCUGAAUCAGCAGCAGUGGUCGAAUCACCAGAAGUUGAAAAGCCUAUGGUGUAUGAAGACCCCUUUGAAGUUUCCCUUAUGUACAUGGAGAAACAUAACAUUCUGCAGAUAUUUCAGGAGAUCACUGAAAACUUGGUGUAUGAGAAACCCGAUGACCCCUUGCAGUUCAUGUUGCUGCAGGUGCACUCCAUGAUGAACAAGCAGCUGGAAAUGGAGGAGGAGGAGGAGGAGCUGGGCAGUGACAGCUUCUACACAGCAGAGAACUUUCCUGGUGGCCACCAGUGACCUUGGCAACAUGGUUGUUAGCACAGGGCCUCUGGCUAACACUGCACUUGCACACUUGGUAGAAAUGGUUUUGAACAGGUCUGAUGGUAACUGAGCUUCCUGGCUUCUCUUGUUCUGGGUGCUGUGCUUCCAACUGCUUGUAAAUUAUGCAACUGCAUGUUAUCGAUACACAAACCUCCUAAGAAACACACACACACACAACCCUCUGAACAUUCCUGCCGAACCCACCACACAGCUUGUACACACAGAGGCUACUUUUCUGUGAACACAGACUCUACAGCUCUGAUCACACAUAUGCACAGACAACAGCACAAACCCACAGCAACAGAUUUAAUGGCUAUAGAUCCAACCACCCUUGAACACUUACACACGUUUCUACCAUCUCUGUUCUGUUUUGGUGCGUGGUCUGUCCUAAACUGUCAUAUAACAAUCCACUAUAUAACAGUUUGGAACUCCAGUGUCCACACUGGGAGGGGCUGUCUCUGUUCCUCUCCCUCCCAGAACCCCCUUGUCCCACACUGGAAGGGGCGGUUUCCCCCUCAGCUAUCCCUGCUGAGUUCAGAUCACUCUGUCCUUUUGUAUUCUUCUCUCUGCCAUGGCAUAUACAAUUCCUAUACACACACAACUAGAAGGUGAAGUUAAGGUUGCAGGGACAUAUGUGUGGCUUCAGAGCAUAUCACCUCUUAAAAAUACUAGUUGAAUAAAAAACAAAAACAACUGUUAGAAACCCAGGAAAUUUAGAGUUAAAGGGUACUUCUCAAACAAGUAACUCAAAUUACCGUUUAUCUAUCUAUCUAUCUGUCAUGCAAGUUACUUAUACAUCCGAAAGGAAAACGGGACACCGUGCAGGUGUGGCCCAAGCACCCGCCACCCCUCUCCACCAAGGGGCUGGCUGGAGCCACUCACCCGAGCCUCCCUCUACUGCCCACGGGGCCUGAGCCAUUCACCCAAGCCCUGCCCUCCCACUACCCAUAUGGGGCUGGUGUUACUGCUUGCUUGAGCCCUGCCUGCCCCCCGGCAGCGCCCUGCCUCCCACCCCCUGCAUCAGGCUAGCAUCGCCACUUGCCCCCCCACACACAUUCCUCCACACCCCACUUUUUUGACACAAGUGGGCAUUUGUCGCGUUUGUUCUUGCCAACUGAUCAAAUUGGCAAGACCAAACAAGACAAAUGCUUACUUUUUCCAAAAAAGUCAGGACGGCCGGGACCGGGCUUAAAAAAGGCACUGUCCUGGCCAAAAGGGGACAUAUGGUCACCCUACUUAUAUGUUCCUCAUUACCAUAGUAUCUGAGUGCCUAUCUCUGCCCCCUUAGAAAUGUCUGCCUAUACUGGAGACAAAGAAAGAUGGUAUAGAAAAUGUGAACUGUAGAACACUGGCUUUACAAUUGAUUUCGUGCAUACCUAUCUCCAGUACUUAGUGUGCUGUUUUGGCACCACGCUGACCUUUGCUCUUUUUAGGUAAGUGCUUUAAUUGCAUGAUCUAGGUCUUUGAGGUUUGUAUAUAGUCACAUGCUAGCUCUGUAUCUAAUGCCAUUUGAAUAGUUACCUAAUGCCGGUCCUUUCCACUCAAGGAUCUCCAAGCACUCAAAACUAUUAGUUAAUCUACUGUAUUCCAUUUUAGAGGCACGUGAGUACCAUCUUUCUUUUACAAAUAGAGCAUGAUCCUGUAAGGCAUGGAGGGCCAGGUUUUUACAGAUCUUUAGGUGUCUAAAGAUGCUAAUAAGCAUGUCGUGGGUUUUUUAAGUGUCCUUAGCAGGUUAAGUAUCAGAGGGGUAGCCAUGUUAGCCUGGAUCUGUAAAAGCUUUUAUAGAUCCAGACUAACAUGGCUACCCCUCUGAUACUUGACACCAUGCAAGGCACUACAUUUAGCCGUAUGGAGUGGAAAUCCAUCAACCUCAUGAAGAAACUUGCACAAGUACAGACAGAUAUCAUCUUCCUUUCCAAAUGCAAAUGGAUGGACAUCAUACCAAAUGGACUGAAGAUGAAAAAUCCAUUGCUAUCUACAUACUGCACAGCAGUUCAUUUGCAAAUUUGACACCAUCAGCUCAGGAUUAAACAAAGACUGUGACUGGCUAGCCAACUACAAAAGCAAUUUCUCCUCCCUUGGGGUUCACACCUCAGCUGCUAGAAGAGGGCCUCAUUCUCCCUGAUUGAACUAACCUCGUUAUCCCAGCCAGAUUCUUGCUUGCAUAUUUAUACCUGCCUCUGGAAAUUUCCACUACAUGCAUCCGACGAAGUGGAUAUUCACCCACGAAAGCUUAUGCUCCAAUACGUCUGUUAGUCUAUAUGGUGCCACAGGACUCUUUGACAGGUUUCAGAGUAGCAGCUGUGUUAGUCUGUAUCCGCAAAAAGAACAGGAGUACUUGUGGCACCUUAGAGACUAACAAAUUUAUUUGAGCAUAUGCUUUUUGCGGAUACAGACUAACACGGCUGCUACUCUGAAACCUGUCAAAGAGUCCUGUGGCACCAUAUAGGACUCUUUGCCGCUUUAGCAGGUUAGGUACUUAAGUCCUAUUGAAUCACUUAGGCACUUUUGACAUUCCCAUUAGGUGCCUACCUGGCCCUGAGUGCCCUCAACACCUGAGAGAAUUGGACCCUUAAUGAAAUAUGGGGGAAUGAUUGUUUUCAACCUGGUGGUAUUUGUCUAACCAAGACUUUUUGUAAAACCCUUUGAUGUGCACUGGGUCUGAUUGUUAGGAAGGCUGGAAAGCAGCAGCAUUACUGUAUGAUUAAGACUGAGGCUUUCUAGCUUUUUGUGGCCACCUAUCAAAGGAAACUUUAUUUGAGAUGGAUAAGUUAGUGUGUCUUUCUGUUUCUUUUGUCAGAAUAUUGCUGUGAAACAGAGUUAAAAUGCCAGGGGUGCCUGGCUUAAAAAAUGCAACUUUAACUUUAAUGAAUUGACUGGGUUUCUAACAUUUAAGUAUUGUGUUUUGUUGUUUGUUUUUUAAUUUCUAACAUUCCUGAAAGGCCACGUGUUGUGCCUGCAGCCGUAACAUCACAUUACUGAAGUUUUUUGUGGGGGGAAUUUCCUCAGUUUCUUUUAAAUAGCCCUGAGGUUGGCUGGAGAGGAGCCCUGGCCUGUUCCCACAAAUCCUAUGAGUUUUGCAAGAGGGGAGGCUCAAACUGGCAGUCCUUAGGCAGUCCAGGGGAAAGAAUACCUCUGUGGUCUGCUGAUCGCAUCAACUCCUGCUACUAACAUCUCCACCCAUUCUUGGAGGGGAGGCUUCCCAUGGGUGCACAUAAAGGGAGCUGAACUCCUGCAAAUUUCUGUAGGUCCACAGGAACAAGGCUCCUCUCCUGCAGGGACCAGGAGGUGCACAGGAAUACAGCUCCAUUCCUUUCAACUGCAUGAUGUUUGAAGGACUGGAGCUGGCUGCCUAUGGUUGGCAAGAGAGUUGGGGUGAGGACUGUAGAACUAAGAAAAAUCUCGCUCUUGUUCCUCAGGAGGUCCACUAGGAGAAAGGACUGGCUGAGAACAGCGCUUUGAUGGGGGCAGCCAUUACCCAUCCCCCUGAACUUCCUGCAGCUCACAGAAAUAGGGAGACCUACUUGUGAACCUUCCAAUGGAAAAAUUUCUUUCGCCCCCUUUGACGAGCCUUCCGAGUUGACCACAUUACACUUUUAGCUCUAUCUCUGCAAGGAAAAGGGCUGGAGGCUUACCUUUUUUUAAAAAAUGAAAGCUAAGGUCUCCAGCAAUCAUGUGAUGUCUUGUAUUCAGAUUGCCAGAGCUGACCUUCCUGGCAACAUUACAGAAUGAAAUUUAAAUAACUCUUAAAAUCAAAUUUUAAACACUACAUUUUGGACCUGGGUAUCUCAGCUAAGGGAGUCCAGUAAAGUAGAUUUAAUCACUGUCCUUUCUGUCAGAAGAAUUAUGUGGAACCUGGACAUCUCUAUUUAGGAUGUCAUAAAUCAGAACCCCUUUGUCUGAUUUGCUUCAUAUUAGAAAAAAAAAAUCUACCUCAGCCCCAGAUAGAACCAGAUAAUUUUGAGGGUGGUAUGCCUUGCGCGGUGGGGGGGAGUUCUGUCAAGGGGAAGAGGAAGCAAAUCAGAGUUUAAAAAGGAAACUUAGUUGCAGUCUUACCUUUGGAAGGGCUGUCCCUAUUCUGUAACGUUUCCCCCUAAGCCAUGGUUCCCUGUUGAUAAGUAGAUACAGAGUGGCACAACUAUCUCUAAUAGCAACUGGCAAACUUCUUGUUGUCUUCAAUGCUCUGAAGGAACUCUCAGUUCACUGUGGGACAUGGUACCAUCCCACAGACUAUUUCAUAUACAAAGCUGACUAUUCUCUAUAGGUUCUUAAACUGUGCUCAUCACCGUAGUACCUGAGUGAUUUCCAGUGGUGUAUUAAGCAACGUGACUAACAUCUGUCACACAUUGUUAGCACAGUUGCCAACCUUCACGUGGUAAAUAAGCACACCGACUUUCACAAUAAGCCAAAAAUCAAGCUUAUCCCAUUUUAAAACAAGGCCAAAACCAGCCAAUCCGUAAGAACCCCAACACUCUAUGUGACUAGAUCCCUCCAGCGUGCCAUCUGGGACUAUGGUGGGCCCGCUGUGAACCCCUUACUCUCUUCCCCCCACUGUGUUCCUGCUUGCCCCUUGCCCACCCCCCAUUGCCCCUGCUUGCCAGGAGCCAAUCUAAAUAAAAGAAGCUACAAGCCAAAAACUAGCCAACAAGCAACUCACAAGCCAAUUAAGCCAAAAACAAGCCCAAUUUGUGUUUUUUUCGCAGGUUUGGCAUGUCUGGUUGUGAGUUCUCCCCCUGCAGAGAGAAUGAGAGAAGUGUGUGUAAUGGAGUGUCUUGUUUGGUUAGGGGUUUUUUGGUUUUGUUUUAUUAAUGUACACACUCCUCUGCACUUGGGGCGGAAGGUGGUGAGAUUGCAAUGGUCCUUAUCUCCUGGGGUAGUUCAUACCACUGUCAAGGACCAGCAUCCAAGAAAGCUCUGUCACCUGCACAGAUGAGAUUUAUCUUUGUUGCAGAGAGGUCCAUUGACUGACAUACACAGGCAUGACACUCAGCACUGGCAUGAUACAGAGCUGUGGGCCUCAUAGAAUAUCAGGGUUGGAAGGGACCUCAGGAGGUCAUCUAGUCCAACCCCCUGCUCAAAGCAGGACUAAUCCCCAACUAAAUCAUCCCAGCCAGGGCUUUGUCAAGCCUGACCUUAAAAACGUCUAAGGAAGGAGAUUCCACCACCUCCCUAGGUAACGCAUUCCAGUGUUUCACCACACUCCUAGUGAAAAAGUUUUUCCUAAUAUCCAUCCUAAACCUCCCCCAUGGCAACUUGAGACCAUUACUCCUUGUUCUGUCAUCAGCUACCACUGAGAACAGUCUAGAUCCAUCCUCUUUGGAACCCUCCUUCAGGUAGUUGCUAUCAAACCCCCCCUCAUUCUUCUCUUCUGCAGACUAAACAAUCCCAGUUCCCUCAGCCUCUCCUGGUCAUAGGAGUGGCUGCUCUGUGGAUCCUUGCUAAUGAUAGAAGGAUGACCCCCAUGAGCUGAACUUGUAGGGACUGCCCACAAAGAAAUCAUAUCAGCCUCCAAAUUGAUCGGUUAGAUCUAAGGCCAAGAACAGAAUUUUUUGCAACAUCUCUGCAUGGGUCUUAAAAUGAGCAGCAAGAUGACAGUGUUGUCUGAGUACAGCCUCUGAUCGUGUGCAUAGAAAUGUUAUAUCUCUGAUGAUUAAAGUUCUUUUCCAAAGAUCAGCCUAGGCAGCUUAAUUGGCUGCUGUGCUUUUUACAUCAGACAGAAUGUAUAGAUGGGCUCUCUCUUCAAUGGCCAGCUGCUUAUGGCAUGGUGCAUUACUGCUUGAUAAAGACUCAUUGGGAUGGAAUAAUCACUGCAUGACACUUCUUAAAGCUGGUGUAACUCCAUUGAUUUCAAAGGUGUUACACAGGUAACAAACUUUGGUUAGUCAGUGGUGAGUCAGGUCUCUAGUCUUUGGGGGACAAAGUUAGGGCCUUGUUCAGGAGCCCUUGCACACAUGAAUAGUACUCUUAGGGUCUUGCGACAGAGCACUCUUCACUGCUGGUUGGCACCUGUUCCUGGCUGUUCUGGGGAUUAGCUCUGACAGGCCAACACCUCUUCCUGCAGUUGCACUCCAGCACUGUCUCUUUCUCACUCUGCAUCCCUUCUGUCUCACCAGGGACUGCAGCUUCCUCUCUGUGACUCAGCCAGGUCACUACUUGAUUUCCCCUUCCAGGGUGUCUUUCAGAGUCUCUUUCUACGGGCAGUCCUCACACCCACUGCCCUGACUGUGUCACUCCUGCAGUGACUACAGCAGUCUUCCUAGUUACUGCCCUUAGCAAUACCGCUCUGCAGUGGUUGGUAGGGGAACCCAGGCCCACCCUCUGCUCCGAACAGUCCAGAGCUCUGUAGUGAACAAUUAAGGUCUGCAUCUACACAACCUUAUUGCUCACACCUCCAGACUCCUUCCUACCAUCCUUCCUAUGCCUCUCCUCCUCAGGGAGAGGGUCCACAGGCUUCCUCCAUGGUGCUCCCCACACUGUUGCUGGACUCCUGGUUUUAUAGAUGCCUCGCCUGUUCCCUAUAGAUGAGCUUCCUUCUAAUUAGCCCCCUCCACACAACCUAGGCAGGUUAAUUCGCUGAUUGGGCCCAUUUGGCCUAAUUCAGCUCUUGCAGGGCAGGUGGGGGGUACACCCCAUCACAGGUCUGAACAUGGUAUAGGCUGCAGGUUCAAGCCAUUAAGUGGGAAAGUGUGUGUGUGUGUGUGUGUGCACACACACAUAACAGUGACAUAAUGGAAAGGUAAUAGAGGUGUUUGGUAGGUUGGCAUGUUAUAAGACUGUGCAGAGCUCUUCUGCUGGAUCACCCUGAUGUCAGAUGCUAGAACCCUGGAGACAGAUUAUUUAUGCUGACUUUCAGGCCAUGUCUACACUAGAAAACUUACAGCAACACAGCUGUACCAAUGCAGCUGCGCUGCUAUAAAAUCGCUCAUGUAGCCGCUCUGUGCCAACAGGAGAGAGCUCUCCCAUCAACAUAAUAAAACUAUCUCCAUGGCAGUAGCCGUGUCAGCAGGAGAAGCUCUCUUGCUGACAUGGCACUGCCCACACCAGCGCUUCCAUCGUGAUACCAGUCAGCUCUGUGUUCUUGGGGAACCAGGGCACAGUAUCCAGCCUGUCUGACUCAUGAAAGACACCCCGUACCAGCCUCUCCUUAAAACAAAACCCAUCAGAGAAAAAAACUUGCAGAAAGCAGUGAAGGGCAGAUGGGAGACACACCUAAACUCCUCCUGACAAGGGUGACAAGAUUAAGACAUCUCAAUUAGCAUACAGAAUGAAGAACAGAGACAACUCCCCUCGCCUCAUCUGCAUGAAAGAUGGGACAGGGAUUAGCAUAAAGAAUGAAGAACAGAGAACCGCACUUAGCUCUGGGACUAGAAAAGCAGGGAAGCACUGCAUCAUGGGAAUCUCUGCUCCAGAUGUUAAUGAACCUAUGCCUGCACACACCCAGCUCAGCAAUUAUCAGACCAAUUCUAGUAAUAAAUCCUUGAUUGAUAUCCAAAAUACUGAAGCAGUCUAGUUGCAUUGUGAGCUCCCUGGAAGAAAACAUCACCCAUAGCCAAGAGUGAUCAGCUCCUAUUGUCUAGCCUAAAGAAAACCCUUAAGUCAUCAGUUUACCCAUAAACAAAUCUAGUGUUCUCCCUUGAACCAUUGUAUUUUCUCUGCAAAAAUCCCUGCUCACCCUCCAGUCAGUGUUCUGAUGCAUGGAUCCAAACUCUGUAUCAGUUCUACUGGGACUCUAUUUUCUGACUGAUCGUUCUGGGGGCUCUGCCUGACUCCAGCACUCAGGACCCUGAGCCUCCACCAUCACCUGGGAACCCUGACCAGUUCAAGCCUCCUGGAGUGGGUGAGAUCCCUCCCUCUCACUCUCUCUCUCUCUCUUUUCUUUUCUACCUCAGGUGUUAACCUUUAAUAAUGUAUGUUAUGUUGGUUUAGGCUCUCCUUGUGUAGUUAUCAUUAUUCAAUAAAUAACUUU